AUGAGCUCUCCAUCGAACUCUCGACACGAAGUUGUUGACUCUUACGUGGCAACUCACCUCAUCACUCCAAACAAAGCGCUUGAGCACGCUGUUGAAAAUAGCACCAAGAGAGGUCUACCAAUGAUCGCCGUCUCACCGGUACAAGGGAAAUUCACCUCCCUCUUAGCUAGCUUGAGCUCAACUCGGAAUUUGUUGGAAAUCGGAACAUUAGGGGGCUACUCUACUAUCUGGUUUGCUCAAGCUCUCAAAGGCCAAGGCAAGGUGACCAGUAUCGAGAUCGAUCAGUCGCGGAGAGAUAUUGCGGUUGAAAACCUGCAAUUCGGCGGCUUCAAACCGAAGGACGUUGACGUGAUCCUUGGAGCUGGAUUAGAUGUACUUCCACGCUUGGCAAAUGAAAUAAAACAAGGCAAACGGGAGCCCUUUGAUUUCAUCUUCAUUGAUGCAGAUUGGGAAAAUCAGUGGAAUUAUUUCGAUUUCGGUGUGAAAUUGUCGGCAGGCAAGGGGAGCGUGGUAUAUGUGGACAACGCAGUGAGGAACUUGGUGGAGAGUGAUAUAGAUCAAUCUGGCAGCCUUGAGUCUGGCAAAGACGGAUUAGUUGCGAAGGUUGGACGGGAUGACCGCGUGGAUGCUGUGGUGAUGCAGACUGUGGGUGGAAAGGAUUAUGAUGGCUUUUUACUUGCAGUUGUAAAGUAA